CCCCUUGCGGCUCAGACUGGAGGGGCUGUGGGCUCCGCAAGGUCAUUUAACGCUGUUAAACAAUCGGGACCGAGUUACUGUCAGAACGUCCGUCUCUUUCCCUCUCGUACUGAGACUCACUUCCCGAGAGUUUACAGCGGGAAAGAGGCUUGAAACGCAAAUCCCGGAAGCGACUUGGGCGUAUAGUGGAAAUCUGUGUAGGUGAGACUUUGUUACGGCGCAUUGCCCGGAAGUUGCUGAAUGAUCUGGGGAGGAGGCUUGGAACGCAUUGCGGAAAGUGAUGGCUCCCCGUUGGCCAAUAGUUUACGGAAACUGCUGGUAAGUGUUGGUGACACUGUGACACUGUAUCCAUGGAAACAGAUGCCGCUUCCUGGUCAGUCACUUCCACAGGGACCAAAUGGGAAUCUCCCAGGAACCCACUGACCCAGUGAUGGGGAACCAGGAUCCAGAUCUGCUGCAUCAGAGAAUCCUGAGUCUCACACUGGAGAUUAUCUACCUGCUGACUGGGGAGGGCUACACUGUUACAAAGAAGUCAGGUGAUGGCGCCCCCCCACAGACCUGCACUGACUGUAUGUUGGGAGGAGCCUGCAGGCACCAUGUGACCCCAACUGUGGGGGCCCUGCAUGCCCCUGGCUCCGCCCUACAGAAGGAAAAUGCCAAGAGGAUCCUGGAACUCAUCUCCAACAUCAUCCAGCUGCUGACUGGAGAGGUUGCCAUAAGGUGUGAGGACGUCUCCCUCUAUUUCUCCUUGGAGGAGUGGCAGUAUUUAAAGGGGAACCAAACCCGAUACAGGGAAGUGAUAAAGGAGAACCGGCAGCAGCUCCGCCCACUGGGCUGUGCCCAUGGAGAUGGCAGUGCCAGUAAACCUGCUGUGGGGGCAGAUCUGUGCAAUGCAAAGGAACCAGACAAGACUGGGGCAGAAGAAGGAGACCCCCCAAACCCUGACAUUGCCCCAACUGAUCCCCAAACAGCGACCAACUGCUUCUCUCAUGGGAUUAAAGAGGAGCCUACUUCAUGGGAGGAGUAUUCUGAUUGGAAGAUUGAUUCCCUCACUGACACCGGGGGAUCCGGCCCGAUUGGCAGCCUCUCAGCACACAAUGGCCCAAAUGGGAUUAAAAAGGAAGCGGCUCCCUGGGAACACGGAAAAUGCUCAAACCGGAAUAUUAAGCCACUUUUGGAUCAGAUCCCGGGAUCAGAACCACUGACUGAUAACAUGAGAUCCAGCCUAAAUAACAGCCUGUCGGCAGGGUAUGGAUCACAGAGGAUUAAAGAGGAACCAGAUUCAUGGGAAGUUUAUUCUGAUUGGACCAUGAGUUCCCUUACAGAACCGGUACAGGCAGAUGCAGCCCAUAGAAAGGGACCCAGUGUCUGUAGCAGCUUGUCAGAACAUUCUGGGUCUAAUGGGGAAACAGCUUCAUGGGUUAGCUUGUCAGUAAAUAGCCUAUCCGGUUGUACUGAGGGGGAACCAAUACCCCAGAAAGUGGGUGGAGCUUCAGAUCCCAAGUGUAAUCCCACCGGAACCCCCAGAACUGCCCCCCCCAUCCCUAUUAUUGGGCCCAGCCCAAAGCAGCAAGAUGGCAUCAGGAUCCUGACUAGCACCCAGCCGGGGGCCCCCAAGCCCAAGGUGAUCUACACGUGCAGCGCCUGCGGGAAGCCAUUCACCAGCAGGAAGCACUGUGAGCGGCACCAGAGGGUCCACACGCGAGAGACCACCUUUCCCUGCGCUGAAUGCGGCAAAUGCUUCACUCAGCGGUCGCAUCUAACGGCGCAUUCCCGAAUGCACAGCGGCGACAAUUCCUUCACUUGCGCCGAAUGCGGCAAAUGCUUCUUGUUCCAGAGCGACCUCAACCGGCACGUAAUCACCCACACCGGCGAGAAGCCAUUCUCCUGCGCCCAGUGUGGCAAGCACUUCGGCCACCUCUAUAGCCUCAAGCGCCACCUCGUUAUCCACUCGGGCAACAAGCCCUUCCCCUGCCCCCAGUGUGGCAAAUGCUACUGGCACCAGGGGGAUCUGAACCGCCACAUCGUCACCCAUUCGGGGCAGAAGCCCUUCUCUUGCGCCCAAUGUGGCAAAUGUUUCUGGGUGCAGCGAGACCUCAGCCGCCAUGUAAGGGGCCACACCGACCCCAUUCCUGCCCCAGGGGAAAAUUAUGUUUAUUGAUUUGGGGGCAUCACCAGACUCUAUCAGUAACAAUCUGUGGGUACAGUGGGCUCCGCCUCUGGCAUUUCUGAUUGGAGGACUGUGUAUUGCGCCAACUGAAUUAGAUCUGAAUAAAUCUGCACUGUGCCA